GUUCUGAGCUGCACAGGAAGUAGCUAGUGGUUAGAUGGAUUAGACCUAGCACUGUUAGCACAUUGUUAUUCCGAACAAUCACUUUCGACUCGAGUGGGCUUUGCAUGUACAUCAUUAUUAGACUAUUUCAUUUUCAAAUUGUUGACCGUGUAUUAGGGAUUUGGGUGUGGUAGUCCUUUAAGCGAACUAUUUAACCAGCGGGGCUAACGUUAGCUUCAGACAGCCUGAUGGAGGGUCUCGAGACUCCCUACGAGAUUGAGGUCCCAAUCGACUUCAUUGAUUGUGUGUCGUGCGUCAAAUCCAUACGGAGUGAGACGUUGUAUAAGAUACACCUUACGACCAUAGGACAUAUGAAGAAGGAGGAAGCUUUGGCCGCGAACGGUUUUGCCGUUAGGAAUCACAUUGUUCCGGACUUUGAAGACAUCAUGCAGUAUUUACAAUACUUGAACCUGGAUGAACCCAUCAUUGGUUUAAGUCAUCUGGAGGAGGUGAUCGGUUCGGAUGCCAAUGAUCCUCAACCCGGCCCGAGGUACAACUGUCGGCUUUGUAGCCUAGAGGCUAACCUACCCAACAUGAUCAACCACAUCAUUGGGCGCAAACACAGACAGAAAUAUCUGAUGACACAACGGAAAGACCUGGUGACCUGGGACCCUUCAACCAGUUUUAACCAACCAGCAAAGGUCAUACGAGCCAAGUCGGAGGUCGUAGAACGGCAGGACGGUCGAGGGACACCGAGGCCAUUGAGAAGAAAUGAGGGCAAAUCCAACAUCACCAGAGGUCCUCAGAAGCAAAGACACAAAAAAGCUCCCCAGAAUGCAGGGCACCUCGUCCCGCGUUACCCAGGACCAGAGGGUCAGCCGGGGCAUUACCCCCAACACCAGGAACAGCCACCGCCUUUUCACCCCGACGACCGUUACCUCGGCCCAGAGGAAGAGGGCAGAGGGCUUCAGCACAGACGCAAGCCUCGCCGUAGUCCUGAACAGGAAGGAUAUUCUGCAAACGACCACGACAGACAAGAGUUUAUGGACUCUGACUAUCACCGGGAUCCUAUGGGCGUUGGGUACAGAGAUCAUCCAAUCCCACACGCAGAGGGUCGUCCCAUGCAUGGCUUUGCGGAAGAGAUGCCCCACAGAGAAGCGUCUCCGUACAGAAGACCACAUCCAGAAAGCGACCCCCUCAAGCAGUUCUACACUGAGGAACUCCGGCGCGAAAGGGCCCGUGCAAACGACGCUGCCGCCACUGACAGGAUGACCUAUCCCUCACCCGACCUGCAAGACAGGCAUCCGGGCGGCGCCGGCGCUCGGACGUACGCCUACCCGCCGGGAGGUGCCGAGCGACACCGUCCAGGCGGAACCCCACAAGGACCCCGUUAUCCUCCAGAGGCCCCUGGCCCCCACGAGAGCAGCUACUUCAAUGAUGAGAUGAGACGAGGGACUCCCGCUCCCGAAGAGUCCUACCAAGAUGGACAUGGCCACAGGGCACAGGGCUACCCGGAUCAGGACCGUCACGGCGACCCGGAGCCCAGGAGGAACGCCGACCAGCUGCUGGAGAGAGAUUAUUUGUUUGAAAUGGUCGGAGCCCUGCGUAACAAGGGCUCCGACCCAUACCAGAUGCCGCCGGAGGGGGGCCGAGGGAUGUCUGAGAUCCCAGAGACCUUCAGACGCUUUCUUCAAGGGAAUGCCAGCAGCCAGGAGGCCAGGAAGAAAAAGAGCCGCUUCUCUGAUGCUACUCAAGAGGAGAUGGAAGGGUCAAAGCGAAUGUUAAUGGAAUCUGAUAGAUAUAUGACGUUUGAGGAACCUGGUCCAUCAAGGCAGGGGAGCAGGGAAAGGCACGAAGCCCAUGGAUCCCAAAGGCCCGACCCAUACACCCAAUCACAGAGCCUGUAUCAAAAUGAGAGCUACCCAGAAAGAGAGGUUGAAAAUGCAAAAGAUGGCGGGAAAGUGUUUGAUUUAUUGAAAAACAUUGAGAUUGAAAAUGGGGAAGAGGCGGACUUCCUCAAGAGCCGACUUUGUAAUCUCCUGAAGGAAUUCCAAGCCAAAAAGUCAGAGAAGACUAUGCAGAACCGACCGGACUCCGCGCCCGUCUCCAGAGACUACAACCACAGGAGCGAGGCGCCGCGGGCUCCCUCGCCCCCCCGGCCGGAGCCUGGGAGGGAGGCCUUCAGGGAGGGGAUGCAGCGGAGGCCCAUGGAGACCCACCCGAGGGCGAUGGAAACCCACCCACGGUCAUCCCAGGAUCCCAGGGGUUGGAAGGAGGAGGAGCAAGAGCAAGGAGGCCCGUCUGACGAGAGGUUCCAGGAACGCCCGCUUCCCGUCCACUCGGACGCUAACGUUUCAAGUAGACAGCGAUACGAGGAGGUUUUCGGAGUUGUCGGGCAGCACAGAGCCCCAGACAGCCCUCAGCCAGAGGGGCCGGCCCGUCCCCGGGACGGCUUCCAGGACCGGGGGGACGGCUUCCAGGACCGGGGGGACAGCUUCCAGGACCGGGGGGACGGCUUCCAGGACCGGGGGGAUCGCUUCCAGGAGCAGGGGGGCCACUUCCAGGAGCGGGGGGAGCGCUUCCAGGAGCAGGGGGGCCACUUCCAGGACCGGGGGGAGCGCUUCCAGGAGCAGGGGGACUGCUUCCAGGAGCGGGGGGAGCGCUUCCAGGAGCAGGGGGGCCGCUUCCAGGAGCGGGGGGAUGGCUUCCAGGAGCAGGGGGGGCGCUUCCAGGAGCAGGGGGGGCACUUCCAGGAGCGGGGGGAGCGCUUCCAGGAGCAGGGGGGCCGCUUCCAGGAGCAGGGGGGCCGCUUCCAGGAGCAGGGGGGCCGCUUCCAGGAGCAGGGGGGCCGCUUCCAGGAACGCGGAGACCGCUGCGAACACCCAUCAGCUUCUCCCGAGUUCUUGGGCGGUCGCUUGGCAUCCCCAUCUUCCCACCGGGAGCAAGGAUACCGGAGGCCGAGGAGCCAGCAGCACUCAAGUCUGGACAAAAUCACCUCAACCCUCCUAGAACUUGUUGCCAGAAAAUAAUUACAUUUUUCUGACAAUUUAGUUAUUACCCUAUUGCUAAAUUGAUAGGUGUUAUGAUUUUAUGCUUUAUUUGCAUUGAUUACCUAAUUUUGAAUUUUACUUUAAAUAUUUGAAGGAAAUAAACAUAUUGUUCCAUCCGUGUUGUGAAACAAUACAACACUU